AUGAAAUUCGUAAACAAAGUAGACCAGAGGCUUAAUUGCCCAAUCUGUAAGAAGGUUUUCGAUGAGCCCUGGCAAACAUCAUGUGGACAUCGAUUUUGUUGGGAUUGUCUGGAACGUCUUUUAGGGUGGGUCUAAGUUUAUCAUUGACUACUUAUUUCUUAUACACUCCUGCUUUCCAACCGAAACGAAAUCGCUUUAGAAAAAUUGAAAUCUGCUUUAUUUAUAUUUCUAUUUGGCGGCUGAAAGUGUAAAUUUACGAGUGUUAAUGAAACGACUAUGUCCGACACUUUUUCCGCCUCGGAUUGGAAAAUCCAUCUGGUUCUGUCGAAUUUGGAUAUACCAGGAAUAAGUGCUGAAUGAAAUAAUGGUUUUACAGUUAUAGUUAACUCCUUCAGACUAGAUGACCCAAGAUGUCCGAUAGACGGUGAAUCAAUUUCAAGACAGCAAUCUUUUAGGGAUAAAUAA